GCUCGUGGCUCCUGGAGGUAAACAAACAUUCUGGCGGGAGAACCUUCCUUGCACAUCAUGUGUACUUGAUCUUAGCAACCUUAGGCGGGAUAGAUUGACAUUUCUGGUACUAAAUAGUGAUGGCAGGAAUAGGACCAUGUUUUUGCAGUUAAUGGUGGUGUGCACCACCUACCACCACCAAGAUGAGUGAGAUAGCCAGACUGGAGCGAGAGAAGCGCCGAGCCCUCAACAAGAAUAAUCUGCGUGAGGUUGCCAACCUUUCAAAUCUCUUGGGGCAGGAGCUGCAGGAAGCUGGUGAUUAUGAGGGAGCUCUGGCCCAGCACAAGGAGGAGGGAGCCCUGUGUGAGGCUCUCGGGGACACCGUUGGGCGAGCAAUCUCUCAUCGGCGGCGUGGGGAAGUGUACUGUGAUAUGGGAGUAUGGGAGAAGGCCCUCCACCACCAGCACCAGCAUCUCCUCCUGGCCAAGGAGGCAGAGAGCUUGGUUGAGGAGCAGCGUGCCUAUGCCACUAUUGGCCGCACACACCUGCAGAGAGCUGAUGACUGUGGAAGUAAUGGGCAAGAGGAAGAGAAAGCCAAAGCUCUAACAGAGGCAGAGAAAGCUUUCCUACGCUCACUCUCCACCUGUGAACGUCUGAAAGGUGCAGUGGACACAGUGGAGCACUGCCAGAUGCGUUGCCGGCUCUAUCUGAACCUGGGGCUGGUGCUGGACCAACGGGGAAACUCAGACAAGGCUUGCAACUUCAUCAAUCAGGCGCUGGAGCUUUGUGCCAGCCACAGCCUUCAUGAAGACAGCCAGCGAUGCCACUCAGCUCUGGGAACUAUUCUUCUGAAAAGGAACCUUAAUACCCAGGCAUUGCAGGAAGGGCAGAAAGCUUUGGCUUUAGCUGCCAAGCUACACAACAAAGCCCUGCAGUGUGAAGGAUACUCAUUCCUGGCACAGGUUCACCUUAAUAACAGUGAUUUUGAAGCUGCUAAAAAAUGUUACUACAAAGCCUUCAAAUUAAAACAUCCCUUUAAUGAAGAUCAGGAAAGAAUAAAAAAUAACUUGAAACUCACUGUGAGUCUUUGCCAAGCUGAAAAUGCCUUGAUACUUCUUGGUGAGUCAGAAACAGAAGAGAAAAUAAAAUUUAAUGAGAAGUUUGGUGAUGGCUUAGCAAAUCUUGGGUUGUACUCUCAAGCACUUGUUUAUUAUGAAAGAAUGCUAGAGUUAUCUGUGAAGUUUGGCAAAGAACCCUCAUUUCUUGCUCCAAUAUAUUUGUCCUUGGCAAGAACUUACUCUGACAAUAAACAGUAUGAGGAAGCCAAAAAGUAUUACCUGAAGGAAUAUGACAUCAACAUCAAGGAAGACUAUGGAGAAGCUUGCAAAACUCUGCUCAGUAUAGGAGAUGUGGAAGCCAGCCUGGAGGAAUCUUAUGUAUCAAUAAGCCACACUUACCAGCAGGCAAGGGAGCUGGCUGUCAAAGCUAACAAACCCAAACUUGAAGCCUAUGUACUGAAUCAGCAAAUGUCUCUGAAGGGAAUUCCUGAGUCUGAAAAGGAACAGCUUCAGGAAACAUUUAAAAGAAUCAUAAAAGAAAAUGAUCUGGACUCUGAUAUAGAAUUGAGUGAGGAAGAGGAAGAGGAAGAUGAUGAUGAUAUUGACCUUGACCUGGAGUACUUUUCUGACAGCAGCAAUGAAGCAGAAAAUUUAGACAAACCACGGCAGUCACGUCAGAGAAAAUCACUCAUUGUCAAGAGGAAUGAGAAAGGAGAGACUCCUCUUCAUAAAGCCUGUAUUGCUGGAAAUCUAAAAAUGGUUAAGAAGCUUUUGCAACAGAAUCAUCCUGUCAACCUCCGAGAUAACUGUGGGUGGCUGCCCAUUCAUGAGGCUGCCAACCAUGGCUAUUAUGAGAUAGUACAGGUGCUGGCUGAGGCUGGGGCUUGGAUUAGUGACCGAGGGGGACAGCAGUGUGAUGGCAUUACUCCCAUCCACGAUGCUGCAGCCUGUGGUAACUUGGAUGUUGUGAGGCUUCUGAUGAAUCUGGGUGCCUCAAUCACAGCCAAAACUAAUGAGGGUGACACUCCUCUCGAGAGCCUGGUCAAUUAUAGACUCAGAACACAAAUGUCUGAGAGAGAUAGGGAGGAAUGUCUGGCACUAGAGCAAGAACUUAAAGAAAAGUUAAAACAAGCUGGCCAUAAAAUUCCUAAAACUCCACAUGUGAAGCCUGUAAAGGACCAUCCAAUGCCCAAGACUUCCAGAUCCCAAAUGCAACAAUAUGCCAACCAGUCGAGUCCUUCAGACAAAGAGACAUCACAGAAUAAAAGUUCCCUAAGUUCAAAGAAGACUUCUAAUUCCUCUGGAUCUGCGUCACAUCAUCAUACUGGAAGAUUUUUAGAUAUUGACAUUGGAGAGUCAUCACGGCACAGUUCCCUGACACCUUCAAUAGAACUCUCAUCUCCUGCACAGGAAGAGGAAGAGGCUGAUGAUAAUUCAGAGGAUUUUUACAAUCCACUACUAGAAGAUUUACAGGACACAACUUCAGCAACAGGAACUUACUUGAAUGCCAUAGGGUGUGUUGGAAGUGCUGCCCGCAGAGUAGGAAUGCAAAAUGCCUCCAAUGGUUCCUCUGUAAAGAAAGACAAGAAGACAGCCCUUCUGUCACAGGGUGAUGAUGUAGGUGAUGACUGGCUUGAUGAUGAUUUGGGCGUAUUCACAAAGAAAAGAAAAAGAGCAGAGAAAUUUGCAUUUGAGUAUAGGGAACCAAGAAAAAGAAAGAUAUCAUCUGAACAUAGUUCUCCAGCACCUUUACUUACUGUUCCUAAGAGAGCACACCAGACAAAACUGACAGCAAUCCUCCCAAAGCAGCCAAGCAGAAGGGAAAGCAUUCCUGAUGAGGAUGUGGAAGUUAUUGAGGGUGAGCCACAUAACCUUAAUGGUGACAACUUGCCCAAGACAGAGAGGUGUAGGAGGGCCUCUGAUGGUGGAGCCUCUGAUAGUCGCAGCAGUGUGGAGCCCAGCACCACAGUGAGUGGUCCCCUGCGGCUGAAGGUGCGAGUGCAAGAUCGCCUCCUGCUGGUUCCUGUUGCUGGGGGUGGGAACAAUCGCACAGUGGCCUGGCUGGCUGAGGAGGUCACACGCCGGUACUAUCAGUUGUCUGGUCUGCGCCCGCACCUUGUCCUCACCACUCAGGAUGGGGCUGCUCUCGAUCCCAGCGAUCCAAUAACACUGGUUCUACCCUCUGACCAGGCAGAACUAGAAGGUCAGGUGAAGGGGUGGGACUUGCCACCCCUCCCAGACCGCUACACAGCAGCCUGCCAGGCACUCACCACUCCUGCCUUGCCUGCCCUCCGUUCUGUCCUUCACCAGACAGAAGUCUCCACCACCCUUGACCUGAGCUGCAUUAGCUGGUUGGCAGCAACGCACCUGCAGCCUGUGUUAAGAGCCAUCCAGUACCAGCAUGGUCUGCGCUGUCUCAGGCUAACAAACUGUCGCCUGUGUGAUGAUGGCUUCAGCAGCCUGUUGGAAGCUCUCUCAACUUUGCCUUCUCUUGAAAUGCUGGAUCUCAGAUCCUCAUCACUUACCUCAUCUAGUUUAUUUGAACUUACUCAAGCAAUCACAAGUGAGAAAGUAAAAUUAGGAACACUGUGUUCAAUUGACCUUAGCUACAAUGUGUUAUCUGAAGCAAAACUUAUCAACAUCCAUACAUUACUUAGCUUGCCUGCCCUUCUCAACCUUUCAUUAAAGCACUGUGGAAUUACCCUCAUUGGUGUCCAGCAACCAUCACCUAAUGUUGUGAUAUCACCCCUUAAGACUCUUGCUUUGGAUUAUAAUACAGUGUGUAAGGAAAAUCUCUCUUUCUUGUUAUCUUGUGUUCCUGGUCUUUCCACCUUGACACUCAGUGGAUUAAGGCAAAGAAAGGAAGAAGCACCUUCAAGGGAAAGUAAUGGUAUUGGUGCAGCACUUUCACUGGUGCUUGGAGCUGGUGAAGAAUGUCUGCUGAAGCACCUGGACCUCAGCUGUUGCAACUUGAGUGACACAGACCUGGAGGACAUCUCAGCCUAUCUGUAUCGAUGUCCUCACUUGUCAACUGUCAACUUGGCACAUAAUCCAGCCCUGACAGCAUCCUCAGUUAGCACUUUCUUCUCCGAACUCACAACAAACAUUGCUCUGCCUCUCACUGCACUCAGUCUGCAUGGCAAUGAAGUUGUUGCAUGCACUUUGAAGGACCAGAUCACUUCAGCACUCAGACAGAAGGCAACAACCAAGCAUGCCAUAACCAAGUUCUCCAUCACAGCUGCUGAUCCUGAUUCUGGUAUUGAGAACUUUUGGAAGUCGUAUCAUAAGAAGGCUUCCAUAAAGAAAAUUGGAAAGGAAGUGUUUCUUUCUUGUAGUGAUCUGUAAAUUUAUUUGUACAGUACCAUGUGGUUGAUGGAAUGCAACUCUUCAUCUUACUGACUGUCCUUUUAGGUUAAAAUGUAAAGGACUAAAUUUUUAACUAGGUAUAUUGAACAUCUGUAUGUCAAGAAUUUAUUUUUCCAACAUUUUUUAAAGAUGAUGUAAGAUGAAAUUUUAUCAUGUAUUUCUCAUAAUAAAUUAUGAAAGUUA